UAAGCCAACGUUCCUUCGGCUUUCGGCCUCACCUGCUUUCAUUUACCCAACCCUUAGCCUUAGGGUUGGGCCUAUCUAUGACGAGUUGGGGUUACCAUUCCGUGCUCACAAUAUUUUCACUUCGGUUUUUCUUUCUCUUUAAUUGAGAAAAAAUCAUUUGAAUCCUUGAGCCAAAUGUCGAGAUGUUCAUCUUUGUUUUUAUUCAAUUUAAUUAUUUGAGUAUCUGAGAAGAAAAAAAUUGAAAGAACUAAUGCAAGGUGUUCCCCAAAAGGUAGUGACGGCUGUCAAACAAGGCCCCCACAUAGGCUAGACCACACCCCCUCAAUGCUAUAUAAAUAAACCCCACCAGCUCCCCCCAGCUAAUUCCCCCUAUCGUUUACGGUCAAGUUAGCCUUUGCCGGCUAUCUAUUUGAUGCUCGUUUUUUCUUCUGCCACCAUGCAACUGCUUUUCCUCUCAUUGCCAGCAUCACCACAGGUUCUCUUUCUGAUUACACCAGUUCUAUUCUCUUCUUUCUUCUUGUUGUUGGUGCUGCUGCUGUUGUUGUCUAUUCAUCAAUGGCAACAUCCCAAGGACAAACGUCUGCCACCUGGUUCCUUGGGUUGGCCUUAUAUUGGAGAGACUCUCAAGCUUUACACCGAGAAUCCCAAUUCUUUCUUUGCCAACAGGCAACAAAGGUAUGGAGAUAUAUUCAAAACUCACAUAUUGGGCUGUCCCUGUGUGAUGAUUUCAAAUCCUGAGGCAGCAAGGACUGUUCUGGUGACACAGGCUCAACUUUUUAAGCCAACUUAUCCGCCAAGCAAAGAGAAGUUGAUAGGGCCUGAGGCUCUAUUUUUCCAUCAAGGUGCCUAUCAUUCAAGGCUGAAGAAGUUGGUCCAGGCCGCUUUUUUACCUUCUGCAAUUAGAGGGUCAGUUUCAGAGAUUGAGCAGAUUGUUUUGAAAUUUCUACCAACUUGGGAGAAUACCACUAUUAACACCUUGCAAGAAAUGAAGAGAUUUGCUUUUGAUGUGGCAAUGAUUUCUGCCUUUGGCCACAAACAAGACUUGGAAAUGACAGAAAUCAAGCAACGCUAUCAAUGCCUGGAGAAAGGUUACAAUUCUAUGCCUUUCGAUCUUCCAGGGACCUCUUUCCAUAAAGCAAUGAAGGCUAGGAAGCUGCUGAAUGGGACCCUAAGAAGAUUGAUACAAGAUAGAAGAGAUAAUAAGAAACAAGGAGGAGGAUUGCUGGGAAGUCUGUUGGGGGCCAAAAACCAGAAGGUUGAUCAACUGAGUGAUUCCCAGAUUGCUGAUAAUGUAAUUGGAGUGAUUUUUGCUGCUCAUGACACUACUGCAAGCGUCUUAACAUGGGUUGUAAAGUAUUUGCAUGACAAUGGAGAUUUACUAGAAGCUGUCACAAGAGAACAAGAAGGGAUUCAACGCAAAAUAAUUGAAGCAAAUCGCAAGCUUACGUGGGAUGAUACGAGGCACAUGCCACUGACAACCAGGGUGAUUCAAGAGACAUUAAGAACAGCAAGUAUACUAUCAUUCACGUUCAGAGAAGCAGUGCAAGAUGUUGAGUUUGAUGGCUAUUAUAUCCCCAAAGGUUGGAAGGUUCUUCCUCUCUUCAGAACCAUCCAUCAUUGCGCAGAUUUCUUCCCUCAGCCCGAAAAAUUUGACCCUUCAAGAUUCCAGGUUCCACCGAGACCCAACACGUUUAUGCCGUUUGGCAGUGGGGUUCACUCUUGUCCAGGCAGUGAACCGGCUAAGCUUGAGAUGCUGGUUCUCCUCCACCAUCUCACAACCAGAUACAGGUGGCAAGUUGUAGGAGAUGAGGAUGGGAUCCAGUAUGGUCCCUUUCCAGUGCCCAAACGGGGCUUACCUGUAAACGUCACACCUAGAAAAAUCAAGAGAGCGUGAACAAUAGGUUUUCUAGAUUUGGACUC